UUUUCUUUUUUUUUAAAAAUAACAAUUUUAUACUAGCAGAAACAUAUAAUUGACAAUUCGUAUGGAAUUUAUGCUACAUAAAUUUGUGGCGAGAAGCCUAAUCAGUUUAUAUAAAUAUAAACAUAAAUAUAAGAGAGAGAGAGAGAGAGAGAGAGAGAGAGUUGAAAUAGACAUUAUGCAUGUAACGCAUUUAUAAGUUCAAAGCUUUUGAACUUUUGCAAAUGGCACAGAUCUAUAAGUCGGUGAGACAAUAAGUAUCUUUCGUACCCCUAUGGUGCUUAUAUAUAUAUAUAUAUGUCGUAUUGUGCUGAUGCUUGGACCAGUGUGAAAAGAUAUGUUACUGCAAUGCAGAAUGAGAUAUACCAUCUAGAUUACUGAUUAUUUUUCAGCAGUCAAGUAAGAACUUUGGCUCUACCAUGUAGCAUCUUUACUCACAGUGUGCGCUUUGCACACAUUAUUUGUAAUGACCACAUAUUGAAUAUGUAUUAAAAUAUUAAAGAAAUCCAUUCCAUAUGCCAAUGCACACUAGUAUUUACUAGACUGACCGUGGGUCAAAUAGAACUACCAUCUGGUGAAUAAAAUCAUCCAUGUGUUCCGGCAGUGGACUUGUAUAAGAUCUACUGUAUAGCAUGUAUAUGAUACUUCUAAGCCAUAACAUAUAUGGUUGUCCCUACUGCCAACAUCCAGGAACAGAAAUUUAAAUUGCAAUUUGUUCAUCACCUCUAAAAGCAUGGGUAUCUAAAUUCAAUUGGUUAGAGAUUUUUCACCCUAACAUUAGACUCAAGCCAAAUGCUACUUUGAUUACUAAUUUACUAUCCAUGUUGUGAUAAUUUGAUACAUAAUUAACAUCGAAAAUCAUUUGAUUUACUUACUUUAAGUGCUUAUGCUAUUGAUGAUCUAUUUGAGUUUCAACUUCAAUGUCUCAUCACGUGCUUUCCACAAGGGUGUAUGUGUGUUGCAUUUGGCAUGGGAGUAUCACAGGCACAUGCACGUGCACACAUGCAUACCCAUGCAUACAUGAAAAUCUAAUUGUCAUUUCAGUUAUUUCCAGAAUAUCUUCUGUCACUUCUCUCCAUGUCCUAAUGUUGCAAUUUUAUUUGCAUUCAGAUAUCUUAGCUAAGUUUAGUUGUGAAUGUAUUUACAGAAUUACUCUUCCAUUAGAAUAUCUUCUGACACCAUUUUGCUUAUUAAUUUAGGUUCUGUUUGUUUGCACAGCAAACGUAGUUGAGAUGAUACCAAACCCUCUUUUGGACAGAAUGGAGGUCAUUGCUCUUGCUGGUUAUCACUGAUGAAAAGAUGCAUAUUGCAAGGGACUAUUUGGAAAAGACUACUCGUGAAGCUUGUGGUAUCAAAUCUGAACAAGUUGAAGUGACUGAUGCAAGCUCUUCUUGCUCUGAUAGAAAAUUAUGCCGAGAGGCAGGUGUUCGGAAUCUUCAAAAGCAAAUUGAGAAGAUAUACCGCAAGAUAGCUCUGCAACUUGUCCGUCAAGGGGUGACAAAUGGAGCAAUCUCUAAAAGUCAGCCUUCAGCAAGGAGCCAAACAGCUUAGAGAGAAAUCUACUGAAGAGCCUACUCAAUUGCAGAUGAUGGUCCAGGGGGGAAGAA